AGACCCCGCGUGUGUGAGAGUGUGUGCGCGCGAUAGAGGGACGGGGGUCUGAGGGUGGCUUUGUGAGUGCGGGGGAGACUGCGUGUGUGAAGAGAGAAAGACCACGGGUGUGAAGGCGACUUGGGGGGAGUGUGAGGGAGGUCGUAUGUGAAAGGAGGACCGCGGGCGUGAGGCUGACCGUUGAGUGUGUGAGCGCCGAGGGUGAGGGAGAUGGUGAGAGGGGAGGAGGUGGUGUGCGAGAGAGCCUGGGUGUGUAAGGCUGAAUGUGAGACAGACCGAGAGCCCGAGCGGGCGACUCUGCGAGCGUGAGCAGGGCCGAGGGUGCAAGGCGUGAGUAUGCAAGGCAGAAGCUAAGCUUCGCGGGGCUGCUGCAGUCUGCUGGCGUCGGGACUUGGAGCUCGGGAACGGGCUGCUCCUCCUCACUGUGGCUCUUCCGAGCGGCUCCCUGCGUCCUGCUGUCUCAUUUGACUAUCUCAAGGCCACAGUAAACACAGGUGUGCCGGAACUGUUUGCCAUGGAAGCCAGGGAGACUGAGGACCCCAUGCCCACCUACCAUCUCCUCCCUGGUGCCAGCCAGCCCAAGGUGGAAGAUGUCAGCUCACCACCUGAAGGGUCCCCGGAAACUAUGCAGCUGAAGAAGGAGAUCUCCCUGCUGAAUGGGGUUAGCCUCGUGGUGGGCAACAUGAUUGGCUCAGGGAUUUUUGUCUCUCCCAAGGGGGUGCUGCAACAUAGUGCCUCCUACGGGUUGUCACUGGUCGUGUGGGCCAUUGGUGGACUCUUCUCUGUUGUGGGUGCCCUUUGUUAUGCAGAGCUGGGGACCACCAUCACCAAGUCAGGAGCCAGCUAUGCUUAUAUUCUAGAGGCCUUUGGGGGCUUCAUUGCCUUCAUCCGCCUGUGGGCCUCACUGCUAAUUGUUGAGCCUACCAGUCAGGCCAUUAUCGCCAUCACCUUCGCUAACUACAUCAUCCAGCCCUCCUUCCCCACCUGUGAUCCCCCAUACUUGGCCUGCCGUCUCCUCGCUGCUGCUUGUAUGUGUCUGCUGACAUUUGUGAACUGUGCCUACGUCAAGUGGGGCACACGAGUACAGGACCUGUUCACUUAUGCCAAGGUCCUAGCGCUCAUUGCCAUCAUCAUCAUGGGCCUUGUUAAACUGUGCCAGGGACACUCUGAACACUUUCAAGGCGCCUUUGAGGGUUCCUUCUGGAAUGUGGGAAACCUCUCUCUUUCCCUGUACUCUGCCCUCUUCUCAUAUUCAGGUUGGGACACCCUUAAUUUUGUAACAGAAGAAAUCGAAAACCCAGAAAGAAAUCUGCCCUUGGCUAUUGGGAUCUCUAUGCCAAUUGUGACGCUAAUCUACAUCCUGACCAACGUGGCCUAUUACUCAGUGAUGAGCAUUUCAGAUGUCCUUAACAGCGACGCAGUAGCUGUGACAUUUGCUGACCAGACGUUUGGGAUGUUCAGCUGGAUCAUCCCCAUUGCUGUUGCCCUGUCUUGCUUUGGGGGCCUCAACGCAUCUAUCUUCGCCUCAUCAAGGUUGUUUUUUGUGGGCUCCCGCGAGGGCCAUCUCCCAGACCUUCUGUCCAUGAUCCAUGUCAAACGUUUUACACCCAUCCCUGCUUUACUGUUCAAUUGCACAAUGAUGCUCAUCUACCUCAUUGUGGAGGAUGUUUUCCUGCUCAUCAACUACUUCAGCUUCAGCUACUGGUUCUUUGUGGGCCUCUCUGUUGUCGGACAGCUCUACCUCCGCUGGAAGGAGCCCGAGCGGUCCCGGCCUCUCAAGCUGAGCCUCUUUUUCCCCAUCGUGUUCUGCAUAUGCUCCAUGUUUCUGGUGAUUGUGCCUCUCUUCAGCAAUACCAUCGAUUCUCUCAUUGGCAUUGGAAUCGCUCUCUCUGGGGUUCCUGUCUACUUCCUGGGUGUUUACCUGCCAGAGUCCCGGAGGCCGCUCUUUGUUCGGAAAGUCCUGGCUACUAUCACCAGAGUCACCCAACAGCUUUGCUUUUGCGUCCUGACUGAGCUAGAUGUAACCGAAGACAGAAAGCUUGAGAGGAAAACUGACUAGAGGCCAGAGGUAACAUCCUCCAAGAUCCGGAAGGCUGGCUACUUGUGGGUCAACCAUCGAAGUCCAGAUACCUGAAUUAAAGGAGCUUGUUGACUCAUUCUGUAAGGGGGUCAGGGCCAGUGCUCACUUGUUGGUAAGCUCUGGGAGAAUACUCAGGGUUGGGGCCAGCGUGAAGGUGGGGAGCUCAGGAUGGAGGGCAGGUUGCAGAGCAGGGGAAUGUUAGUCUUUCUCCUGGUGGAUAGGGGCAGUCCUGACAAAUACUUGGUAAGUUGCACUGCUAGGCUGAUGACUGUGGCUGGUGGUUCACAGUUUGAAGUUUAAACCAGGAGUCUACAUAGGAACUACUUUUUGGGACGUUUUCCUCUGAUCAGAUCCACCCACCUGACUUACAAUGCUGCUGUUUCUUUCACUGGCUCAAAUUCUUCCCUGGAGACAGGGUUGUAUACCUUUGUUUGUUUUUUAUGGAGGAUGGACAGCAAAGCUGUAUUAACCAAUAUAGGAGGUGUUUGUCCCAUUUCCUGAAUUCUGCAAGAGGAAUGCCUGUCUUGGAACUUUACACUCCAGUGGUAUGCACAACAGGAGGAAAUUGUUUCAGGGUCUCAACAGUGCCCACUGAAGGUCCCUCUUGUCAAGGUUGACCUCUCGUUUGUGGGUCCCUACGCUCAGAGAGGUGUAGGAUCUCAUUGUGUACAGAUUGUCCACCUUGUUGAGGAGGUCCUGCCUGCCUGACUGAAUUUGCUUGGAUCGUUUUUGUGCUUAUAGUCUUUAAGAAAGAAGGAAAGCUUCUGGCUCCAUAACAAGUUGGUCUUGGCCACCCAACCGCACCCUUUCUAGCUGGAACCUUGGUGCUUCAGUGGAGGCCAUGGCCCUGAAAUAGGCUGGGAAAAACCUUGCUGCUCCAGCUGAGAAGCAGCAGCUCUGGGCAUGCUAUGGCUGCCACCAAAUUCAAACUCCUAUAUUCCAUUAUUUGUUAAUGUGGAACACUAGUUCUGCAAAAGAUUAGUGUUCAGUGCAAUAGGUUAUAGUUAAAAAUUCAAAGUACCUAAAACUGAGUCUUUCUGGCUCCAGACAUGAUUUUGACAACAGAUUUUACACUGAAUUUCUCAUAAUAUGUUGAGUUUUGCCUGCAAAGCUGAACUUGAAGAAUUUUUAAAAAAAUCAUAUACCUGUUACAUCAUUAGUAUAUAUAGAUCAACAUGUUACUAGCACCCGACUCAGGUCCAGCAAGGACAGAUGAACAAAUUUAUGAGUCAGAAAUCUAGUAACACUAUUUUGAAAGAUAAUCCUUUAUUUUAUUGAGACAUUAGGUCUUUGUUCUAGUUGAUAGUAAAUCUCUGAGUUUUUGGUAUGAACACUGAGCACUAUAAUGUUCUGGAACUCAGGUGGCUCGCCUGAAAUCUAGCAGCUGUCAGUGAAUUGAAGAGCAUCUUACCAACCCAAGUCAUCAAAUACUUGUUCCUCUCUGUACGGGCAGGUGUGAGGGACUGCUGUGCAGACCCAAGCCCACCCUGGUGCUGGAAGUAUUUUCUUUUCUGAAAAACCCAUGCCAGGCUGUAUCCUCUCUUCUGUCCCGGGUACCAGGCUUUGUUUACACUCCUAGCUAUUCUAAAUUAUGGGAGUAGUGUACUCCUCUUCUGCUGGCCUUCCCUUGCCAGAGGCCUGGUGGGGCUAUAGUCUCAGGAAGAGCUUGGUACUUGUCGGACUUCUGUGUUCUCCCUGUGGUCAUCAGUGAAGACUCCAGGAGAAAGGCUGCUUCAACCUCAAUUUGGACGCUCAGCCGACUGACUGUAAGAGUGGAAGCAACUACUUUUGGUGCUCAAGCUAGGCCAUCAGGUCAGGCCAGAGCAACAAGUUUGGCCUACAUGGAUCUUUCUUUCAUGGGCAGGAUGGCUGCGCUGGCUUGUACAACAGUUAGUUCAUCUUGGGCCUAGAAGAACCUGCUGGCCUAGCAUACUCCUUGGACAACUUGUCCUAAGGUUUUAGAAUUGGUCAACAGUAAAGACAAGAACUAUGAAGCAAUCUCAUCUGACCAUUCUUCACCAGAGUGGAAGAUAAGGGUCACAGAUAAGGGAGCAACUCUGGACAUGUAUUUGCUCAGUAAAGAUUUAGGGGAACAUGAUCACAAUUUUCUUUGGUUCAGGGUGUGCAUCUGUGAGAACUUAAGAGGGACAUUCCUACUAUCAUGGGUUUGGGAUUUAUGUAGCAAAUUCUUGCCUGAUGACAAGUAGUCUUAUGCAAAGGCUGACUUGCUUAAACUAUAUAAACAUGAUUCCUUUCUGAGCCAAGUUGGCACCUACCCCAGGGCUCUUCUGGAGCUAAUCUUCAAAGCAGAAUGUGUUGGUUUUGAGAAUCCCUGGCCCUGGCUGUAGCAUUCUCCUAAUAACCAGCUAAUCUCAGGAAUUUGCUGCCCCCCAGUGGCUUCAAUGAUAGGAAAAACAAAGGCUUCACAACAGGUGCCCAGUACUUGCCUAGUGAGCCUUGUCAGCUCCUGUUACUGGAUGGGAACAGCAUUCUUUGCCUCUGGGCUGGCUAAACUUCUCCCAUGAACCCUUUGGUGGGAGGAAAGCCAGACAUCUAAAGCACUCAAGCUUUACAGCAGAAUUAAUUCCCACCAAGUCUUUGUCUCCUUAAGUCCUCCUGGUGUGUUAAUCCCUUUUGCUAUGGUACAGUUUGUACCCUUUUGUGCUGGGCAGUUUGUAAAGUUGUCAGCCCUUUAAUGUUCACAAAACUAAUGAACAUAUAAAUAGCGGUGAGCACAUUUACAAUGUU